AUGGCUCAGCUUUGCCUGUGUGUGUGUAUAUGCAUGAGCGUAUGGCUCCACGCUUCCCUCGGGUUGCCACCCCAGCACCGUGGAUGGCUGCGGCUGUGGGAGGAAGGUGAGGGCUGCAAGGAGUGCAACCAGCAACUCUGCCCCCCAGCCCCCAACAACUGUCCUGCAGGUCUGGUGAUGGAUGACUGCGGAUGCUGUGAACAGUGUGCUAACGUGGAGGGACAGCAGUGUGACCCGGAUGGGGCUCAGAACUUUUACGGCCGCUGUGGGGAGGGACUGGUCUGCCAGAGGAAAAUGCCAAAAAGGGGACACAAGGCUGAGCCAGAGCCUACAUGUGUGUGCCAGGAAAAAGGUCCUGUAUGUGGCUCAGAUGGAUGGACCUACCCAAAUAUUUGCCAGAUGAGAGAGGCCGCCACCUACCGUAACACAUCCCUCAAGCUCACUGGAAAAGGACCCUGCCGCUCUGCUCCCCGUGUCCUGCGAGCUCCCAGGAACCUGUUCAACUAUACCGGGAACGAUAUUGUGUUUAGCUGUGAGGUCUCAGCCUACCCUCUUCCAAACCUGAGCUGGAGGAAGACAGGGAAUGACAACUUUCUGCCAGGAGAUGAUCCUCACAUCUCUGUCCAGGCUCGAGGCGGUCCCCAGCGCUUCACCGUGUCUACCUGGCUCCAGAUACAGGGCCUCCACGUCUCUGAUACAGGGGUCUACUCUUGCAUAUCCCACAAUGCUUUAGGGAAAACGUCUGCAUCAGCACAGCUCACAGUGUUGAGGCAGGUGAUGAAGGUGAUGAAAGGCCAUGAGGAGAAGGAACAGGAGCACUCUGAUCAUCUGGAAAAAGGCAGCGGUGAUGGAAAGCUGGCAUCUGGAGAUUACCUGGGAUUAAUUUAA